AUGGAAAUAUUACGUUAUCGUGUUAAAACCGGAAAAGAAAAUGUUCAUUCUCUCAUCGAAAGUACCUGUACGCUUUUUAACAUUCAAUCAAAUUCCGUUUGUAGCGGAAUCGCUAACCUUUUCGGACCGGAAAUCUUACCUAUUUUAAAUUCGACGGUGAGCUCGUUUGUCAUUUGUAGUUUUUUACUAUCUCAAGAAUGUACGAAAAUCGAACUCCCUAAUUGGAGUGUGCCACUUCCUCCUCAUCCGGAGACCAGAAUCGAAGAUCUUCAACCGCCUCCCAGCAAUGGACCCAAAUAUAAAAUCCUUCACCUGACGGACACACAUUUCGAUACCGCAUACGCUGAGGGUGCCAAAGCCGAUUGUACGGAACCCCUUUGCUGUCGAUUAGAACACGGUUUGGCGACGGAAACGGAAAAAAAAGCUGGAAAAUUUGGUGAUUGGAAUUGCGACAUACCGGAAAUAACAUUGGACAGUAUGUUAAAACAUGCUGCGACGAAAAAUCCAGAUUUAAACUUUAUAUACUGGACGGGUGACAUACCUGCACACGAUAUUUGGAAACAAACGAAAGAAGCAAAUUUAGACGUUAUGAGAAAAGUCGUUAAAAAAAUCAAAGAACAUUUUCCAAAAGUUACCGUUUACGCAUCCGUUGGCAACCAUGAGGCAGCACCGACCGAUUUUUUUCCUCCUCCGGGAUCAUCGAAAUCCGUGUCUUGGUUAUACGAUGAACUAGACACGCAAUGGAGAAAUUGGUUACCAUCGGAUACAUCCGCGACAAUUAAAUACGGAGGUUUUUACACCACCUUGAUAAAUCCUAAACUUCGAGUAAUAUCACUCAACACAAAUUAUUGUUACUUUCGUAAUUGGCACGUAUCGAUAAACAUUUAUAUUAACCCCCUUACGGAGUGGUUGCUCCUCAACAGCACGGAUCCCGGUGAUCAACUUAAAUGGCUCGUUGGCGUAUUAACGAUAGCUGAAACGAAAAACGAAAAAGUUCAUAUAAUCGGUCACAUAGCACCGGGACAAGUGGAUUGCAUACCAACUUGGAGAGAUAAUUAUUAUAAAAUUGUAUCGAGGUUUCAAAAUACGAUCGUUAAUCAUUUUUUCGGACACAGUCAUAGAGAUGAAUACGAAUUGUAUUUCGAUGAAGAAAAUGUUAAUAAACCCAUCGGUGUUGGUUAUUUGGCACCCAGCAUGACGACAUACACUAAUUUAAAUCCGGGUUAUAGAGUCUAUCAUAUAGACGGAGACAGAGUAAAUUCAACAUGGGCCGUAAUUGAUUACGAAAAUUGGAUUUUAGAUUUACAACGUUCUAAUAAAAACAAAUCGGCCAAAUGGGGUAAAUCUUAUUCGGCAAAGGAUGAAUACAAAAUGAAAUCUUUAUCGCCCAAGGAUUGGUAUGAUUUAUAUGAAAAAAUGAAAAAAGACGAAAAUCUUUUCAACCUUUACUACAGGCAUUCGCAUAAGGAUUCACCCCAGAUAAAUCCUUCACAAUGUGAUAACAAGUGUAAACAAAAUGUUUUAUGCCGUAUAAAAUCAUGUUUAAAAUACAAGGAUUGA